AUGCUUCGUCAAGUAGCUUCCGAAGCCUCCAAAUUUGUUGGACAGCGCAAGAUGUUUAUCAAACAGAUAGAUCAAAGGUCGGGUGAGAUCUAUUACGUUCUCAACAAGUGGCCAACCGCGCCAAAACAACCAGCGGAAACCGAAUACUUCGAGGCCAGCGAGCUUCUGCUUGACCUUGACGACAUGUUCAGCAAGCACGUGCGACCAGUUACGGAGAAGGAUGAGUCGCAAGCACUCAAACAAUGGUCACGGAGUCCCAAGGAAAAGUCCAUUAAAACAAUUCUCGGCAACCUCGAGCGGACGUUGGGCGAAUCGAGGUCGCGGGCCUUCAAAGCACGAUCGAGACCAUUACAUGCCUGGCGACUCGGGAGAUACGACGUCUUCUCCGCGGCUCUCCGGGUAUCACGAGCUCCACUGAUCGACUUCUCACAAGGCGCCAUUACGGUUUCAGUCACGACUAAGCUCGUUUAA